AUCUGACUACGAAUGAUUGUGCAUUGCAAUCACCCCAUCAACUUCACACUUCUCAUCGUGUGUGUUUGGCUUACGCUGUAUGAUUCAUCAUGCUGAUCUACCACUUCGCUGUGCCGUCACUGCCAAAUCAUCAGCAAACGCCGCAUCUUCACGCAGUAUGCUCUUCAAACGCCUGUUCGCCUGCAACCUCCCUCCCUGUAAGCUUUGAACGCAUUCGUGCACUGCUAAAUAUUCAGAACAUCCUUUGAAAUACAUCAUGCCUCGGGCUUAUACAUUAUCCCCGCGUCCCCAGAAUUUCUCGACAACAGCAAGUCUCAUCAACCGCCUUCGACACCCCCUGCGCAUCAGUCGUGUGCGUCGAGUCUCUAUCAGCCCCUCUCACUCCCCCUCUGCACGGACACGACUCGACAAGCGCCGUCCAAGAGCCAGUGAUGAAUGUGUCGAAGCAUCAACGCCUCAGAGCUCACCGCAUGAGCUCGUCAAGAUCGAGGACAGGGGCGAGUACACCGAGCAAAGAUAUGGUGAUGUGAACCUGUAUUGGAACAGUGAAAUGGUGGAGACGAAUGAGCAAGGCGCGACUCAGAGAAAGACUGGAGACAAGAAUGCGAGAAGGAAGAGACAGAAAGAAAGCCAUGUGUUUGACGAUACCGAACAGCUGUGCAGGGCGUACCACAACCGUUACCAAGGCCAAGGAAGUCCGAAGUCCGAGAAAAUCGCACCACAGCAAACAAACCAGUCCACAAAUCCAGCACCGAACACUCAUCACAGCCAAGCAACCCAUCUCCCAACUCACCGCACUCACCGUAACCAUAGCACGCCCACCGCAACCUCUAGCUCCACAGACCCACCCCCCGAUUCACACACCUUUGCCCAUCUAACAUGGAACUCAGCACUGGCCCACAUCCUCUCCAGCCCUCUCAUCGACCCCUCCAUAAAAGCCGCCAUUAGCGCCCGAUCAAACGCCUCUCAACCAGCCACCCAGAAUGGCGAAGUAGCCAUGUGCGCCGUCAACCUCGUCCCAAACUUCAGCUACCCGAUCCCGAGCGCGAGAUGGUACGACACAGCUACCGUGUCUGCGCCCGGGCCACCGUCUGUCAACGGCAACGCUGCUGGACUUGCAGCACGCGAUGAACGGCGCAGAGACUCGCUGCUCGGUAACGGCGAUACGGCGGUUCUGGACGUCGGCGGCGCGGACGCAGAUGAAGACUCGCUGUACCGUGCGCCGACACCGGGACGUGCGGCUACAUAUCGUGGCGGGGCGGCGGGAGAUGUGUCGACCGUGAGGGGUGUGAGGGGGGGGGAGGGCGAGAUUCUAGAUUGGGGACUGCAAUUCCGGACACUGGCUUGA